AUGGGCGACGACAACUAUUUAAUGGCCGAAAUUCUGAGCCAGAACAUUGCCAUCGUCCAAACCGAUGACAAGCCACCAGAGGUCGUUGUAAAAAUGGCCUUGAGAAUUCAUCCCGACUCUGCCCGCCCCGCAGAGACGGCGGAGGACAACGAUCGCGAGUUUGAGAACGACCGGUGCGCUGCGGCCGCAAAGCUGCACCGAGCGGAAAUGGCUGCCGUCGAACAGGAACACCGAGAGGCACUAGCAGCUGUGCAGCAAGCGGCGGCUCUAGACAGGUGUGAGGCCACGUGGGUGGGGACCCCCGAUACACCUUUGCUGCUGCGAGGGAAUUCUCUCAACAUGACAAAGAAAUGCAUCACGAGCACGAGCACUCUUGCUGCGAGGAGCAUAUGGGUGCAAGCAAAGAAGCGGCGAGAGGAAUUCGAUACCAUCGAGCGCCAGCAUCGAGACUUUCGAGAGAAACUGGCUCUCGUCAAGAGGCAGCAUCGAGAUAACCUGGCUGCCGCCGACCAGCAGCAUCAAGACAAACUGACUCUCGCCAGGCAGCAGUAUGAAGACGAACUAGCUGCCAACGACGGCCGGCAUCGCGCCAGCAUCGAGACUUUCAAACAGCACUAUGAAGAGGAACUGGCGGCCAACGACCGACUGCAUCGGGUGGAACUAGCUAUCCUCAAAGACCGGCAUCUGGUGGAACAAGUCUCGCCGCUGGGCCUCGUAGUCGCCGUCUUGAUGGUCAUUUUGGGGCUUUUGUAUUGGCUGCGCCGCCGCCAGUGA